AUAAGACAAGCAUCCAAAUGUAUGCUGUAUAAAAACAGGCAUGUUGGAAGUCAGCCAUUCUUUUGACGGUUAGGUCCAUCUUCGUCCUAUGUCAUUGGCGAAUGACCGAAGAUGUCUCACAGCAGGUUGUUUGCCAGGCUGCUCUGGCAGCAAACAGGAGUCAGGCACUGUUAUACUGCUUCCAGGAAGCAUCUGUACAUUGACCAAAACACCAAGGUCAUUUGCCAAGGCUUCACUGGGAAGCAGGGCACCUUCCACAGCCAGCAGGCCAUAGACUAUGGAUCACAGUUAGUGGGAGGAGUAUCCCCAGGCAAGGGGGGCAAGACCCACCUGGGCCAGCCUGUCUUCAACUCUGUGAAGGAGGCAAGGGAAGCCACUGGAGCCCAUGCAACGGUGAUCUACGUCCCUCCGCCCUAUGCGGGGGCCGCCAUCAUCGAGGCGAUCGAUGCUGGGAUGCCUCUGGUCGUGUGCAUCACAGAGGGGAUCCCACAGCAGGACAUGGUGAAGGUGAAACACAGGCUGCUGCGCCAGAGCACCACCCGCCUCAUCGGCCCCAACUGCCCCGGGGUCAUCAACCCUGGAGAAUGCAAGAUUGGAAUCAUGCCAGGCCACAUUCACAAGAAAGGAAGGAUUGGCAUUGUCUCCAGGUCUGGCACCCUCACAUAUGAAGCCGUGCAUCAGACUACGCAAGUCGGACUGGGGCAGUCUCUCUGUAUUGGAAUCGGAGGCGAUCCUUUCAACGGCACAGACUUCAUUGACUGCUUGGAGGUGUUCUUGAACGACCCAAAGACUGAGGGGAUCAUCCUGAUUGGAGAGAUUGGUGGGAAUGCAGAGGAGAAGGCCGCUGAGUACCUGAAAAAGCAUAACUCUGGUCCUAAGGCCAAGCCGGUGGUGUCUUUCAUUGCUGGGCUCACCGCGCCGCCUGGCAGGAGGAUGGGUCAUGCCGGAGCCAUCAUCGCGGGGGGCAAGGGUGGAGCCAAAGAGAAGAUCGCAGCGCUGCAGGCCGCCGGAGUGGUGGUGAGCAUGUCACCCGCUCAGCUGGGAAGCACCAUUUUUAAGGAGUUUGAGAAGAGGAAGAUGCUCUAAGACGUCUAAUGACAUCUGAGUAAAAGGCCCUCUGAAGAAGACGACACUGACUACCCUCUGCGAUUCUGAAGACGUGCCCUUACAAAAUAUACUACACCAAGCCUCCGCUACAAUCCACAUUCUCAGUGUUUAAAAUAUGUUCUUGAGUUCAUUUGUAAGUCUCAUAUCUAACCCAGAGGAAAUAAAUAUAAAACCACAAUAUGUCGAUUGUUUUCAUUAAACUAUGACCAGCUCCUGUACAGCACAGUAAAUAUAUAUGUAGACCAUUUUAUCCACAACAUUAAUGUGAACUAUGCAGUGCUUUCUAAAAAGUGGAGUCAGACUGCUGACCAUCUGCACUGUAUUGUUUCCAUCUACUGUCACUGGUCCACCGUCAUGAACUGCAAUUGUCCUGAAAUACAGAUUCUUUUGUUCCAA